AUGGAGCCGUUUCUCCGGGAGGAGAUGACCAAGGAUAUCCGAAUGGAUGGCUGUUCUGUUGUCAUGCGCUGGACAUUAAGGAGCGUUGAGCAGGAGCUUCGUCGUGUGCAGAACUGGCGCAAUGAAGGCGGGCCUCUCGCACCGGAAGGUGUUGACAUUGUCAUCCAAUGGGGCGGCAAUGACGUCUAUGGCGAGUACGGUUACAAGGGGUUCUCUUUUCACAUGCGCAAUCAGUGGGUCAGGAUUGACGACCCCAUGCACGACAAGCUCGUGAACUGGGAGACAAAGGCGCUCAAGGCCGUCGAGGAUGCGAAAGAUGCCCUGGUUGCGCUUUCCUCCCGGGAGGGAGUGUCGUCUGUCACUAUGGUAGCCGGCCCCCACAAUGGGGAGUUCUACGGUCUUCCUGAGGUGUAUGAUCUCGAGAUGGACAGGCACACUGAGGAUUUGAAGAAGCGGGGGAUUCGUAUCGUGGAUCCCCAGGCGCUGAUCCUGGCCACCGAGAGAUACGACAGCUUCCACAUGGAGGCGACGCAUGAAAAUGUCAAGAUGACCACGAUGUGGUACUUCCACCUCGCGUCGGCCAUCAUGCUUGAACGAUGGCUCGUCAAGCAUGCGAUGGAGCUCAAAGCCAAUUCGCGUGGCAUCUUAUUUCAUAACCAUUUUCAUCUUGGUUUCGGCUUGGAAGAGCUCGACAUCCCGCCAACAACUGAUCUGCUGAUUCCGGCAGCGGCGGAGAUGGUCACCUUCCCACCCGAGGCGCCACCGGUGCAGCGCUAUCCGGAAGAAGAGAUCGUUCUCAACCAGCCCAUUCUCUCUUUAGAGAAGAUCGAUGAGAUCGAGGGUGUGGCUCCUAUUGAUUUCGUUGGGGAAAUAAUGCGUGAGUCGGAAGACAUCACUGUUGAAGAUCAGGUUCUUUUGAACCCGAACCCCGAUGAGGAGCACAUCACCGUGGAAACGGUUGACCCUGGAUCUGUCGAAGAGAAGGCUGUGCUUGAGCGUAUCGCUGUCGUGGAUCAGGUGAUGACGUCCGAGGAAGCGGCGAGCGUGGCUGAAGAGCUUGGCAUUGCUCCCUAUGAGUUUGUUGAGCCCAAUGUCAAUGCGACUUCUGUAGUGGACGGAGAGGCAGCGUCUACCGUUGCCACAUCCGAUAUCCCGACGGAAGUCUGGAACUCUGGCCCGAUGAACAUUGAUUAUGGACGCAUGGGCUACUUUCGCCUCAAUGAGAUGGAGUGCGUUUCUCUGGGCAAGAAGCUUAGCUUUCACCUGCGAGGCCAUGCGAAGGAGAAGGGCUUCAAGACGUGCGAAUUUGAUGAAGAGCAGGCUGCCGAAAUUGGAGAUGUCCUGAAAGUCACCGGCAAACAAUGGUCGAGGCUAACGGUCAUGACCAUUAUCGACCUUCUUACUUCGCGUCACUGCGACAAAGGCCGCUUUGAGCUCCAGGCGGAAGCCUCGGACGAAGACACCCGGCUAGGGAACUUCACCAGAAUUCGUGCUUUUCAGGGCCACAACGCGUGUCUUCUGGUCCUUGAUGGCAACCCCAAGAAGACCACUGUAAAGCAAUGGGCGCUUGACCAUUGGGUUCCAUCGUACACCGUCAUGCCUUUGACGGGUCCCUACCCUUAUCGGGCCACGUCGUUCGAUCUGAUGCCUAAGCUUGGCUACCAUGCCACUUACUGGCGCAAUUUCUCGAAGAUCGUGAACGCUGGCCUCAUCCCGGGAGGGAAGAUGACGUCCAAGGGCAACAGUGGCAGGCCGUUCAUCAUGAUGGCCAAGGACAAAAGCGUCGCCACUCCGAUCUAUGGCGAACGCGAACGCGGCCAUCAGGGACUCGUUGAUGCCAAUGGCUAUUGCUACAACUACAUUGUGGCAGGCCUAGGGGCUAUGAAUUUCGAUUCCGGGCGGGAUGCAGCUAUGGCUUGCAAUGAUGUCUAUGACCUCGAUUUCUAUCCAGUGCAUGCUGUUGGUCUUGAGGUCAGCAUCCCGGAAGGGCAUGCCUUGCACAACAUCGGCUCACUUUACCAGAUGGUGGUUCAUGUUGCUCCCAGGCACCCACAUCGCAAGUGCAGGAGUGAGGCUGAUUGGCGACGACAGGAAAACAUCAGCAUUCCUUCUUUCGGCUGUCCGUCGUGUGGCAAUUCCAACAUUGACGGGCCCUUGAGAAUGGCAGAGCCAAGAGAGUUGCCGAAGGGUGAGCCUAUGGAUUACAGAACAUUGCAACCUCGCGGCUUCGUGAAUGCCAACAGGGCCACCGGGCACAAGAAAGACAGGAGCGCAGGAUCCGGACCGGCGGCUAUCCGACAACAAGCCGCAAAGUACCUAGGAAAGGCCUUGAAAGACGGGGUGCGCGCGGUCAUGGAGCGCCGCUCUCGUGAUCCCUUUCAGUCCUACAACAACGCUAGGACGCGCCAGAUGAUCGAAGACCGAACGGGCUUCGAAGGGUCUGCGAAAGUGUGCUUCUCAUUCCCGUCGGAAGACCAGGACCUUACGUUGACGAACCACUGCUACGUGGCAUUUGUUGACCGGUUCUACAAGUUGGAUGAGGCAGCACUACUUGCUUUCGCGGUGCACCGCAACGACUGCACCCUUGAGAUCUUGGGCUUCAGUGGUCGCGUGCUAAAGCCAGCAGGUCCCGCAGUGCAGAUCCUUGCCCGGAUUGUCGGCUUCUUUCAAGAUGAGGUCCAUUAUGCCGUCGAAAGGGGGGAGAGCGUGCCUGAGUUGGUCAUCCCACAAGGCGAGGAGCUUCGCAUCCCGGAAGGGCUUGCCACUCUCGGCGAUCGCCAGCUCAACGAGCUGUUGGUGAACAAUAAGUUUGCCCGCGUGAUGCCAAGUGGCGGAAAUGUCAAUGAGAGGACGGGAUAUGCUGUUCGUGCUGGGGCGACUACCAGGGGCCGUUCUGCCCAGCCACCAUUUCCCAAGGCUAGACCUUCCACAGGAAGCGCAUCAGCUGCACAUCGUUCUGGUUCGGUACCUCCCAAGUCUCGUGCUCGUCCACGUGAGCCAUCCCCAGCUGUUGCGGCAACAGGGAUGCGGCCAACUGAGCCGAAUUAUCCGCCGCCCGGGAGGGAUGUGCCAGCUUCAUCUUCUGCGGGAUCCAAUCGUCCGCCCGAGCCUGCUGCUCCGCCGACACAUGGACACGUCGCAGCUAAGGAAGCCUUACUUCACUCGCCACGAUGCUCUUCUGUGGGCGAGACUUAA